ACUCUUCACACCAAGAUGGCCAUCGAAAACAUCUUGAUACUUGGCGUAAGGUAGAUGGUGCGCCUGAUGGUUUGUCAUGGCCCGCUGACUUGCCUGUACAACGGACAUCUUUGCCAUUCCAUCAUCUCCGCUCUACUAUGCUCACAACAGACAUCAUCAUCAUCAUCUGAUGACUGCAACUACAAGAUUACUAACGUAUCCCUCUCAACCACUCGCUCUUCCGCCAAAUCCCCAUAAGUUGCCAGUGCAACACAAAACCUCUGAUUUUAAUCCAGCAGCAUUGCAGUCAGCAUUUGCUGGCUGUGAUAUCAUCCUAAACACAAUUGCAGGCGGAGAUUCGGACCUACAGAUUAGCAUAAUCAACGCUGUGAUAGCCGCGAGGGUCAAGCGAUUUGUCCCUAAUGAGUCCAGUCAUGAUAGUCUGAACAAGCAGCUACAGGCCCGCCUACCCAAGCAUGCAGAACGAGCAAAAGCCAUUAAUCAUCUCAAGAACCUGUCAGAUGCUAGUCCGAAUUUCGGGUGGAUGGCAGUUGCUACAGGAUAUACGCUGGACACCAAAAUCGUCAAUGAUAACAUGGGCGUUAACAUGGAAUGGCAAAGUGCUACUUUUCAUGGCACAGGUAUGGGGUUGUUUGCGGCGUCUAGCCUAGCAAGAGUAGGUCAGGUUGUAGCUCGACUGCUUGCCCAUUGGGAAAAGACCAAAAACCAGUACAUCUAUGCUGCUGGUGCUACCAUAUCAGCCAACCAAGCCCUCAAGUCUGUCGAGGAGAUGACUGGUCAAGAGUUUGCUGUUGGGAGUUAUGGCGUAGAAGAAUGCGUUGAAGAAGGGCCGAAGUGGAUCGAGAGAGGCUAUCCUGAUUCGGGACUUGCUUUGCCCGAGCGGAACAUACUCUACGAUGACCAGCUGAAUUCAUCGGCGCCAUUUGGGACGUACAACGCCAAUGACAUGCUAGGGCUUGCGCCAGAGUCAGCAAAUUCCAUGGUUACAGAAGCAUAUCAUCGCUUGAAGAAUCUUGGCAAGCUGGGUUGUGCAUGUGCAACAUAA